AUUCAAUGAAGUUAUUAAAAAGAAUCGGGAUCGGCAUUCUGUUUCCUGAAUUCCUCAAAGCGAAACGAAACAAACAAACCCUGGAUUUAGAUAUUUAUCAUUUUAUGUUUUGAUUUCAACUAACCCUGUCUUACCUAACUUUGGAGAAAUGUUGUGCAUCAAAAUUUGCUGUUGAUAAGUAUUCUCUACUGAUUUAAAAUAUGUCCGGGAGAGUCAAUAAUAAAGAAUACGACUGUUUAAUGAUCUACAACCAUGCCCGGUCAAGAUUAUCAAGAGUGGAUGACAACGAAUUGUCGCUAAGGAUUGUGGAACGUGCAGACCAGCAACUGACAGCCUGGGGAUACAGGAACAACCACUAUUAUGACAGGGACAGCAUUCCCGGAAGGAAUGUGUUUACCGAACUGUUUAGAGUUGUGGAUUCUUCUCAGUUUGUGUUGCUGAUUCUGACAAGAGGAUUUCUGAAUAAUUGCUGGAUUCGUUAUUGUCAAAUGGCAGCAUUUAAGAGUCUAAUUGACGAAUCCACCCGUCCCGAAUGCGUAGCAUCACAUCGUUUAAUUCCCAUUCUGAUCAAUAUAUCAGAAAAUGAAAUCCCACAGGAGUUAGGACAAUUACAACACAUUUGUUUUAUGAAUGAUUGGGACACAAAUGAAAGAGAAUGGAGAAAGUUGAAGAAUGCAUUGGAUGGUCAUCCUAUGCAGGAAUCAACCCAAAGAAGCAUUGGUGCUGAUAUACCACCAGUAACUAGGCAGCAUUUUUCCCAAGGAAUCUCAGAAUCCCCUAACACUCCAGCAGUACCCAGCGACACUGGAGCCAGUCCCAUCAGCAAUGCCCCUUCUAGCAGGUCUGCCCGGACAGCCAUAGUUACUCCCAACAGUUCAGGAAACUAUAAUGCUCAGAGUGAUCAGGGUAGAUUAUCUUCUGAGGAUUCCAUGGACUCUAUGAACUCUUUAUCAAGUAGUUUAUUAUUUUCACGUCCUUCAUUAUCGACCAGUACCAACACUUCUUCCACAGGUAGCAGUGCAGCUCAGCAUGUACCAUUAAUGCAGCAAUCUAAUCAAAACCAAAAUUCAAUACCACAUAGACAGAGUGAGGACCUUGUCACAUUAUCUGGACAUGGAUCCUUAUCUGGUGAACAGCCUCGCGAACCAGUAGCGAGAUCUAUCAGAACUAGAUUGAGUGAGACAAAUCGACCAGUCACCCACACCAGCAGUGUACAGGGAGACACCAGUAUAGAUGGGUCCUCUUCAAUGAGUCAUUCUUUUACUGGGGAUGAGGACAUCACGGUACCUAAAGAAACGGCAGCGACUGUGACUCCUAGAACAAUGCAUUUGCUGUCCUUUGAUGUGGAACCCGAUGCUCUACAGUCUAUACAGUCUAUGACCCCUACAACAGCAGCAACAGUCCAGCAAUCUGUAGCCAGUCCCCAGAACCAUUCUUCUUCUCCUAGUCUUUCACAGAGCACCCCUGAUUCAGGCAUUGAACUGGGCAGUCCUGAAUUAGGGCCCCUUAAUGUGAUGUCUAUUUUGAACGUAGAUAGAGCACUAGAGAGUUCCCCUGCAAGCAAUCAGAUUGCUAACUCAGUCUCACAGCAGAAUGGGCCCGACACAGCUGUUACCCAAAGUCCAGAGAGGCCGAAUACAGAGGAAAGAGAGGGACCUUCAUUCAUGUUCCGAGCCUUUCAUUUUUCACUUCAUGCAAUUUUACAACCAGACAAAGUGUAUUACCCACCAUAGUAUACUGAAAUCAAAUGUGACAAUGUAAAGGAAAUGGAAGACUAUGACUGUAUUCAUCUCAGAGUAGCUGCAAAACUGUUGCCCUGUGCUCAAAUUUAGCUUAAAAUGUCAAAUAUCAUUUUUCAAUCAAAUAUUUUUCCACACUGAAUUAAAAAAUUAAGAGUGAUGAAAUAUUAUGGCAUAUAUUUUGUGAAAAAUAAAAAAUUGUCAACUUUUGGGGAGAUCGAGAAAAAAAUUGUAGCGCUGAUGUCUAUCAAUAAUUCGAAUUUUUUGCUUUAAGCAGCUAGUUUUAAAGUAGAGGUACUGUAGCAAAAUUUGUUGAUAGAAUGAUAUAGUACCAGUAAAUGACUUACUUGUACAAGUUUUUGAUUAACAGCUUUAAUGUAUUUAUUGCAUACUAACCAUUUAAUAUUCAAGUCAACCAAUUUAAUGUUACCUUUCAUAAAAAUUAUGUUAGGCCACACCAAUAUAUUUUCUUGUUUGUUGGACCCCGAGUGCUCAUAUUAUAAUAAAACUGUACAAAUAAUAUUAUUAUAAUUUUCCGCAUCAGUAGAUUCUGCGCUGUUUUCUGUUUUAUUUCGCUCUAUUUUUUUGUAUUUUGAAAAUUUUAAAUUUAUAAAUCAGAAACAAGUAGGAAAAAUAUAACCGUCCGCACAAAUUUAUUAAUGUACUGCCUAAAAAUUUUGACUACCAUUAAAAAUGAUUUUAUUGUUUUAUCGCUCGCCUGCCCACACUCUUUUCCAGUGGAUGUCCGACAAACAAGAAAUGAUAUUGGAGUGGCCUUAAGUCUAAUAACGUUUUUUAAAAAUAUACGUUUCUGAAAUCCAAACUUUCUAUUGGUUUCCAUUAUAACUUAUAUUAUAGCACUCUACUACAUGUACUAGUAUAUAAUGUAGUCACUGAACUUUUUUUUUCAACAUUAAUUUUAAAGACACAUUAUGAUUUGAUAUAUGUUAUAAUUGUAAUAAUUUAGAAGUCAAAUUAAAACUUGUUGUUGUAUUGUCUGUAGAUGUAUCCAUUUUGAAUACUUGUGAUAGUUGUUUGUUUGCAAAGUCAUGUGUGAAAUGUUUAUUGUAACAUAAGGUCUAUCAAAUUUAAGAAUCAUUAUUUUAUAAAUAAAGAUGAAAUAUUGUGCUGGACACAUUAAAUAAUGAUAACACGUGAA